CAAAUUAGCCUCAUUCUGAAACAUAUCCAAAAUGGCGGCGGAUGGUGGACGAACUGAAGGGAAUGCUGCUGAAGGAUCCUUGCAAUCAUCAUUUCCUUUACCGCCUGUUAAGUAUUUCAGUAAAUAUACCGAUGAAAAUGUCAAUGCCGGAACAGCACCAGCCCCACCAAAAGUGAUCACUGGUUCGUAUUCUACAUUUGGAGACACUUACGACGCAAAUGAAGAUAUUAUAAGGCCUCUUGAAGCUCAAGGCAUCCCAAGACUGUACCCAUCAGAGGAAAAUAUAGACAUUUUAGCAGAGAUGAAGAAGAUAAAUCAUUCAAUUCUUGUGAGCUUUCUAGAAUUGCUUGAUACUCUGAUAGAUGCGCCAUCACAGGAGGAGAGGGAACUCAAACUAGAUGACAUGAAUAUGUUGUUUAUCAACCUUCAUCAUUUGAUAAAUGAAUUUAGACCACAUCAGGCUAGAGAAACUUUAAGAGUAAUGCUACACAGACAGAAGACGCAGAAACUCGAAACAGCUGAAAAGCUUGGAAGGCAUGUUGAAAAGGCGAAAGUGAGUUUCCGGAGCUGCCAGUCAGCAGUCCUCAGUAAACUGCCUGCCCACUCAAUGCAGCAACAACAGCAAAAACAGCAACAACUACAUUAUAGCAUUUCUAAUCAUCAAGAAGAAAAGGUAGAUUAUAAUGUUGAAAGAGAAUCUGCAGACAAUGACACUCAGAAAAGGAAUCUAAAACUUAUGUGUGAUAUUGUCGACCAGAUCACGUAAUUCUGACAUUGUAGUCUCUUUUUGUGUUAUUUAAUUAGCAGUGGUUGUCGUAACUAUGAUCGCAAAGCUCUACCUUUCAUCGAAAAAGUCUAAGACUACCCUUACUACAAGUUUUAGAAUGAUACAGUAAGUAAUCUAGAUAAUGGCUACAAUCUAACUAGGUAGUUUGUAUCAAUUUCCUAGAUAACGAGAUAGUUAACGAGUUGCGUGUAUACCAUUAUCUAGAUAACUAGUUAGUUAACGAGGUUUUUGCUAGUUAACGAGGUUUUUGCUAGUUAACGAGGUUUCUGCUAGUUAACGAAGGUUUUUGCUAGAAUGUAAGAGCAUUUUCAAACGGAACUUAAAAGUCAAUUCAUGUUUUCAAGACUACUUGUAUGGAAGAUAUGAUUUUUAAAGAAAGUUUUUAUAAUCAUAAAAACAGCUCGGAAUAUUGUUAGAGGGCUCUAUAUAAGGAUAUAUCAAGCCUAAUAGCAAUGGAGCUCAAUUAUAAUUAAAAAAAGUGCAUCUUAUUAAUUUCCACCAAGGCCUUUUGGCUAAAAAGAAUGCAAGUGUUUUUCCAAAGUCAUUUCAGAUUAAAACUGAUAUACAAUGCUUGUAAUAGCUCUAAAAUACAUUCCGAUCAAUUUUAGAUUUAUAUUGUGGCAUAUUUGAAGGAAAUGUUUUCAAAAAAUCCUUAAAGGUUCUGACCAAAAUGCAAGCCUAUAGCUUCGCCAAUAUUUUAAUUUUUACCUAAAAUUUGUAGACAUCAAAAAAGGAUAUCGAAAAGUUUUUAUUGCUUUCUUACAAAAUCAAAAUUUUCUAAAACAUUCCUUAAUUUUUGGACCAAAAUACAAGGCUAUAGCCUUACCAAACCUUCAAUUUUUCCAUAUAAUUUUUGGAAAAAUAAUUGAUGUUAAAAGGCUUAGAUAGCUGUAAUGCACACUCCAAUUGAACCAGGAGGUUUUUAUUGCCUUUUUAUGAAAAUAUUUUUCUAAAAUAUGCCUUAAUUUUUGGACCAAAAUGCAAGGCUAUAGCCUUACCAAACCUUCACUUUUUCCGUAUAAUUUUUGGAAAGAAAAUUGAUGUCAAAUGGCUUAAAUAGCUGUAAUGCACACUCCAAUUGAAUCUGAAGGUUUUUAUUGCCUUUUUACAAAAAACAUUUUCCUAAAAUAUGCCUUAAUUUUUUGACAAAAAUGCAAGGCUAUAGCCUUACAGAAACUUCACUUUUUCCGUAUAAUUUUUGGAAAGAAAAAUGAUUCAAAAUGGCUUAGAUAGCUGUAAUGCACACUCCAAUUGAACCUGAAGGUUUUUAUUGCCUUUUUACGAAAAAAAGUUUCUAAAAUAUGCCUUUAUUUUUUGACAAAAAUGCAAGGCUAUAGCCUUACCAAAGCUCCAAUUUUUCCAUAUAAUUUUUGGAAAGAAAAUUGAUGUAAAGUGGCUUAAAUAGCUGUAAUGCACACUCCAAUUGAAUCUGUAGGUUUUUAUUGCCUUUUAACAAAAAAAAUUUUUCUAUAAUAUGCCUUAAUUUUUUAACAAAAAUGCAAGGCUAAAGCCUUACAAAAACUUCACUUUUUCUCUAGAUCUUUUGGACACCAAUAUUGUUGUAAAAUGGCUUAGAUAGCUGUAAUGCACACUCCAAUUGAAUCUGUAGGUUUUUUUUUUGCCUUUUAACGAAAAAAUUUUUUCUAUAAUAUGCCUUAAUUUUUUAACAAAAAUGCAAGGCUAAAGCCUUACAAAAACUUCACUUUUUCUCUAGAUCUUUUGGACACCAAUAUUGUUGUAAAAUGGCUUAGAUAGCUGUAAUGCACACUCCAAUUGAAUCUGUAGGUUUUUUUUUUGCCUUUUAACGAAAAAAUUUUUUCUAUAAUAUGCCUUAAUUUUUUAACAAAAAUGCAAGGCUAAAGCCUUACAAAAACUUCACUUUUUCUCUAGAUCUUUUGGACACCAAUAUUGUUGUAAAAUGGCUUAGAUAGCUGUAAUGCACACUCCAAUAAAAUCUGAAGGUUUUUAUUGCCUUUUUACGAAAAAAAAAUUUUUCUUAAAUAUUCCUUAAUUUUUUUACUAAAAUGCAAGGCUAUAGCCUUACAAAAACUUCACUUUCUCCGUAUAAUUUUUGGAAAGAAAAUUGAUUUAAAAUGGCUUAGAUAGCUGUAAUGCACACUCCAAUUGAAUCUGAAAGUUUUUAUUGCCUUUUUACAGAAAAACAUUUUUCUAAAAUAUGCCUUAAUUUUUUGGCAAAAAUGCAAGCCUAUAGCCUUACAAAAACUUCAAUUUUUUCGUAUAAUUUUUGAAAAGAAAAUUGAUGUAAAAUGGCUUAGAUAGCUGUAAUGCACACUCCAAUUGAAUCUGAAGGUUUUUAUUGCCUUUUAACGAAAAUUUUUUUUCUAUAAUAUGCCUUAAUUUUUUAACAAAAAUGCAAGGCUAAAGCCUUACAAAAACUUCACUUUUUCUCUAGAUCUUUUGGACACCAAUAUUGUUGUAAAAUGGCUUAGAUAGCUGUAAUGCACACUCCAAUAAAAUCUAAAGGUUUUUAUUGCCUUUUUACGAAAAAAAAAUUUUCUAAAAUAUUCCUUAAUUUUUUUACUAAAAUGCAAGGCUAUAGCCUUACAAAAACUUCACUUUUUCCGUAUAAUUUUUGGAAAGAAAAUUGAUUCAAAAUGGCUUAGAUAGCUGUAAUGCACACUCCAAUUGAAUCUGAAGGUUUUUAUUGCCUUUUUACAAAAAACAUUCUUCUAAAAUAUGCCUUAAUUUUUUGACAAAAAUGCAAGGCUAUAGCCUUACAAAAACUUCACUUUUUCCGUAUAAUUUUUUGAAAGAAAAUUGAUGUUAUACAGCUUAGAUAGCUGUAAUGCACACUCCAAUUGAACCUGGAGGUUUUUAUUGCCUUUUUAUGAAAAUAUUUUUCUAAAAUAUGCCUUAAUUUUUGGACCAAAAUGCAAGGCUAUAGCCUUACCAAACCUUCACUUUUUCCGUAUAAUUUUUGGAAAGAAAAUUGAUUCAAAAUGGCUUAGAUAGCUGUAAUGCACACUCCAAUUGAAUCUGAAGGUUUUUAUUGCCUUUUUACAAAAAACAUUCUUCUAAAAUAUGCCUUAAUUUUUUGACAAAAAUGCAAGGCUAUAGCCUUACAAAAACUUCACUUUUUCCGUAUAAUUUUUGGAGAGAAAAUUGAUAAAAUGGCGUAAAUAGUGUAGUGCACAUUCCAAUGAUAUUUUUUAUUGCCUUAUUACGGAUAAAUUUUUUUAAAAAAUAUCUUAAUUUUUUGGACAAAAAUGCAAGGCUAUAGCCUUACCAAACCUUCACUUU